CUCAUCAUCGUGGCGAGGCGGAGCGAACCGCUGCAACUUUGGAUGAAGUUCUGAUAUGAACAAACCGAGAAGCGGUUAGUGAAGCGCACGGAAUGGUAGAUAGAAAGCCUGCAGAAUUCCCCACAGAUUUCCGCUCUUCUGUAAAAUGUAUCAGACAUUGCAGAGACGGUAUAUUUAUUCCCGUAAAUUGACCAGCGAGAGCGGCGUUUUAUCUUCUUCCCGAGGAGACAGACAAGGUGGAAAUGAAUAAAGGUAAGAAGGUUCACGACUCCGUUGGUUUUCACAUUGACUCACAGGAGACAAAAAAAAAAAAAAAAAAAACGCCACAGGCUCCUUGUUGUCGGUAUUUCUGUGUAUUUUGAGUCGAUUCAUGCACCAAUCUCAUGGUAACAAUUAGUAGAUAAAAACUCAACAGAAAGUUUAGCUAACGGUCAGAAAACCGCUUCUCUUUGGUCGUGCAUGUUAGCUAACGUCCAAAUCAAUUAGCUGUAUCUCUCAGAUUAAUUGUGCCAGUUAUGCUUUUGUUAUUUUGCGUAGCUUUCAAUCCCCUUCUUGGUACAUCCCCCUAACGCACAACACAACUGAAAAUGAAGACGAUUCACCCCUUGCUCUUAACUGAACAGGAAAUCUGGCUAAACGGAUAAUGAUAAUUGUUUGUUUAAGUCAUUCAGUCACUGCAGGGUGAUUUGCGACGGCAAAAUUGCAGCCGCUGUCGUGGGUUUCCUGUCUGUCUCUGUCUCGCUGGUCGUCUCUUUCUCUGGGACUUUGGGCUCUCGUCAGAGGAAUGCUUGUGCAAAGGUACACCAAGGCUUUCAUAUUAUCUGAAGGGAAAUUCGCUGGAGUCCUGGAAGAUGUUCAACUACGCUGCAGUCGUUGAUAGAGAUGCAAAUGCAGAAGAUCCAGACACCUUCAAAUAAGGGAGCACCAGUUUUAACGUAUCAAGUUUUCUUUGUCCAGGUGGUCUGCACCACUGUUCUCCGUCGCUGUGUUCCAGAUUUACAGUUGAGGCGAACUCGAUGGCUUUCUAAUGACUGCAGCUGUAACAUUUUGACACCUCAUAAAGUGUCUUCAUACCUGAGGUUUUGAUGAGAACCAGAUGUGAAUCUCCCUCUGCUCUUCACUCAGUGGGCAUUAUGUGGACCCAAAUCUAACCCUAUUCACAUCCUAUCUUUACCUUUCCCUCUCCCUCCCAUCUCCUCUCCCCACAUCCUUCCCCAUUCUUCGUCAUGACUAGUCUGAAGCGCUCUCAGACAGAGCGGUCAGUCGGGGGCUCGGUCCCGGCUACCGAUGAAUUCUAUACCCGCCGCCUCCGACUGCCCAAUGGAGGAGCACCGCCACCUCGAAGUGAGAGUGCACACAUCUCCUCCGCUUCGACCACUGGCACCAAUCCUGGUGUCCCCAAAAUGGGGGUUAGAGCUCGUGUGGCUGACUGGCCCCCAAGGAAAGAUGGAGGAGGAGGUGUGUGGCAUAUUACGGUGGAAACGGACUCACCUAGCUCUACAAACACCACCAGCUCUUCAGGAUCAGGAAGUGGAGACAGAGAAAGGAUCCUGGGAGGAGGAGGAAGUGGAAGUGGAGGAGGUGGAAGUGGAGGAGGUGGAAAUGGGGGAUUGGGCAGUAGUGGAGAAAGAGGAGGAGGGAAUGUGUCAGCCGUCACAGCCCACAGCAACCUCUCGGCUAAGUUAGGACACCUGAUAAGCCCACAAGACUCAUCGAUGCUGCGCAACAUCCAGAACACGCUAAAGAACAAGAUGCAAAGCAAGGGAAAGGACAAUCGCUUUUUGUCACCAGAUGGUUAUCUGGGUUCUCCUCGUAAAGGGAUGAGACGCAUCCGCCAGCGCAGUAACAGUGAUAUAACCAUCAGUGAGCUGGAUGGUGACGGCAAUGAGGGCUGGUCCUUCUCUGGAUGGACACCCAUGCACCGUGAAUAUGGCAGCACUUCUUCGAUAGACAAACACGGUGUGUCAGGAGAGAGCUUCUUCGACAUGCUAAAGGGAUACCAGUCCUCUGAGGCCCCUGAUCAGAGAAGCCCGGCUCCAGAAAGACUGUCAGAACUCCUUACUGUGGCCCCCAUAAAACAGGCUGCCCUGGAUCUGCCUGACGGUCCAGUUCGAGGCAGUCCCGCCAGUCGACUGAAGGAACGGGAGAAGCAUUUGAAGAGAAGGUCAAAGUCAGAAACGGGUGGAGAGUCUAUAUUCCGGAAGCUGCGCAGUGUAAAGGUGGAGGGUGACACAUCGAGGGCUGGCUCAGAUGCUGAAGAUGGGGGGAAAGGGGAUGAUAGUGGCCCACCUCCCAAACCAUGGGUAUGCCAAAAAGGCUUUGCCCAUUUUGACAUCCAGUCUCUUCUAUUCGAUCUCAAUGAGGCAAUCCAAAACCGCCAGUGUGGCUCCAAACGCAAGAAUACUACUACCGGUGCCUCAGCCGCUGCUGCCGCUUCGGCUUCUGCCACAUCCUCUCUUUCCUCCAAUCAGAGUGGAACCUAUGGCUCCCCUUGUGGCUCACAGGAAGAGCUGAGCAAGGAGGGUACUGGCGGAGGACAUGGUACCAACCCUGCAUUGGACCCUGGAGAUGAUAAGAGCAAUGAUUUGGUUCUUAGCUGCCCUUGUUUCAGGAAUGAGAUUGGCGGAGAAGGUGAGAGGACCAUUUCUCCUGCUAAACAGCAGGGCAGCAUUGGUAGUGGUGGGAGCUCCAGCAGUUCCACUGGUAGUACAGAGGAAGGACCCCUGGAUGCCACUCUCACAACCCAUUUUACCAAUGCUGGAGUGGCCGUGUUGGAGGCUGCUAAAGAUGGACCAAGUCAACAUGAUGUCAGGUCCAAAAGAUAUAUUGUGGAACAUGUUGACCUUGGUGCCUAUUACUAUAGAAAGUAUUUCUAUCUCAGAGAGCACUGGAACUAUCUGGGGGUAGAUGAGAACUUGGGUCCAGUGGCUGUGAGUCUGAGGAAGGAGAAAUUGGAGGAACACAAGGAGCACGGCCAGCAGUAUAAUUACAGAGUCAUCUUCAGAACGAGUGAGCUUAGCACCCUGCGUGGUUCCAUCCUUGAAGAUGCUGUGCCAUCAACGGCCAAGCAUGGUCUUGCUCGUGGUCUGCCCCUCAAAGAAGUACUGGAAUACCUUGUUCCUGAGCUGAAUGUGCACUGCUUGCGUUUGGCACUCAACACGCCUAAGGUCACCGAUCAGCUGAUGAAGUUGGAUGAGCAGGGGCUGAGUUUCCAGCGGAAGGUGGGGGUGAUGUACUGCAUGGCAGGCCAGAGCAGCGAGGAGGAAAUGUACAAUAAUGAAGCAGCCGGUCCUGCAUUGGACGAGUUCCUCCAUCUUCUGGGCGAGAGGGUUAGGCUUAAAGGUUUCAACAAGUAUCGAGCUCAACUGGACACAAAGACUGAUUCCACUGGCACCCACUCCUUGUAUACCACUCACAAGGAUUAUGAAAUUAUGUUCCACGUGUCCACCAUGCUGCCCUACACACCCAACAAUAAGCAACAGUUACUUCGAAAGCGCCACAUAGGGAAUGACAUCGUCACAAUUGUGUUCCAGGAGCCGGGAGCGCUUCCCUUCACUCCUAAAAACAUUCGCUCUCACUUCCAGCACGUCUUUGUGGUUGUGCGGGCUCAUAACCCCUGCUCGGAAAACUGCUCCUACAGUGUGGCGGUCACCCGUUCCAAAGACAUGCCCUCAUUCGGCCCCCCAAUCCCAGAGGGCGUGAUCUUUCCCAAGUCAUCUGUGUUCCGGGAGUUUCUGCUGGCCAAAGUGAUCAAUGCGGAGAAUGCUGCCCACAAAUCACAUAAGUUUCGUGCCAUGGCCACCCGAACGCGCCAGGAGUACCUGCGGGACCUUGCAGAGCGCCACACCACCAGCACUCCGAUUGAUCCCUCAGGAAAGUUUCCUUUCAUUUCUUUGGCUCAUAAAAAGAAAGAGAAGACGCGGCCAUAUGAAGGAGCGGAGCUGCGGAGUCUUGGGGCGGUGACCUGGCCAGUUUACGCUGAAGAUCAUGGGAAUGGAGGGGAAAUUGAGGCCCUGGUGGCUGUUUCCAAUGACUUUCUGAUCCUGUUGGACCAGGAAGCCAAAGCUGUAGUGUUCAACUGCGCUACUAAGGAUGUGAUUGGCUGGACACUCAGCAGUCCUGCUUCUUUAAAGAUUUUCUAUGAGCGGGGAGAAAGUGUGUCUCUUAGGAGCAUCAGUAAUAAUACUGAGGAUUUCAAAGAAGUGGUCAAACGUCUUGAGUUUCUUACUAAGGGCUGUGAGACAUCUGAGAUGACGCUUCGCCGAAAUGGUCUGGGGCAGCUCGGCUUCCACGUAAACUAUGAAGGCAUUGUGGCAGAGGUGGAGUCAUACGGAUACGCUUGGCAGGCGGGACUCCGUCAGGGCAGCCGAUUGGUCGAAAUCUGUAAAGUCGCAGUUGCGACUCUGACCCACGAGCAGAUGAUUGACCUCCUCAGGAAUUCUGUGACAGUGCGUGUUGUCGUCAUCCCACCACAUGAUGAUUCCACUCCACGCAGGGGCUGCUCAGAACUCUAUCGAGUGCCAGUGUCUGAAUACAAGGGCAGCAGCACAGACAGCGGUUCUUUCGAGUACAAGUUCCCAUUCCGCAGCAACAAUAACAAGUGGCAGAGGACGUCCAGCAGCCCUCAGCAGUCCCUGACUGCUUCACCACAGCCCCAUACACCCAACAGAGCCAUCAGCCUGGGCAGCUCAGUGGGAAAGACCCUGUCUGCCGAGAGGCUGGAGAGAGGCGCUGCCAUACCACGCAGCGUCAGCAGCGAUGGUCGACCUCUGGACCCCAAGAGGAUGUCUCCUGGCAGCGAAAGCUACAGCCUGGCUUCCUCCCUGGCUUUAGGUCGUUCUCCUCACAACCGCAGCUCUCCCAGCAACCUGUCCUGUUCCAGUGAUGCCUCUGGAAGUUCUGCUCACUGGAGGCAGAAGUCCAUGCCUGAGCAGUUUGCAAGCAGCCGACAUUCACCUAUGUCAUCGGAGAGACGAGAUGUGGCUGGAGAGGGCGGAUCCAGUGGGAAGUCCACUCCCAACUGGUCGAGAAUGGAGGAAGGUGGAGGUGAACGUGGGUCAACAGAGGCCCCAGCUUCCAAGUCAGGCCAAGGCUACUCUGGAGCUCCCCGUAUCCAGAGGCAGGAACAAGUCAUCCACAUCUCCCCAAAGAAGGGCAGUCAGUCAGAUGGCCCCUACUCGGGUCACUCCAGUAGUAACACUCUGUCCAGCACCGCUUCCAGUGGGGGCCACAGCGACAGUGACAAAUGGUACGACAUUGGGACAGGUGGAGGCUCCAGUGGCGACCAGGGUGAAACAGAACCAAAUGGCCUGGGUGGAGGAGGCUACCUCCAGGGUGCCUCGGCUGACAGUGGCAUUGACACUGGCUCUCACGGAGCCUCGCAUCAUUCCCACUCCCACCAUGGCAGCACCACCUCCCUGCUGGCCCCCAGUGGGAGCAGAGAAAGCAGGGAGCGCUCUUCAUCUCCAUGGCAUAGUCCGACUGAGGGAGGGCGCAGGAUGCUGGAGAGGUCAACAGCUGCUGCUGAGUCUCCGGGACCUCCAGCAGAAAGAAGCCAUGAAUCAGUGGGUCGAAGCCCACCAACUCAUCUCCUUGUGAGAGACAGCAGUACUUUCAGCCUGGUUGACGGUGGAUCACAUUCAAGGCACUCUGGCCACAGCUCGCCCAGGGAAGAGUCAUCGUCCUCAGCCACCUCCCCUUCGUCUCAGUCGUCAGUCUCCCCCGGGCCCAAGAGCUUCUACCCCCGUCAGGGAGCUCAGUCCAAGUAUCUGAUUGGUUGGAGAAAGCCUGGGUCCACCAUCAACUCUGUGGACUUUGGAGACACACGAAAGAAAUCUCCAGGAGAAAGUGGAGGAGAAGUGGCCCCAACCCCGGCAGCAAGGCCAUCUCUAAGAGACAUGCACUCCCCCCAGACUCAUGCUAAAUCUACUGUGGAGGAUGAUGUUAAGAGGCAUCCUGCUCAUGACACUCCACCACCACCAAGAAAACACAAGGAAAAGCAUAGCCAGAAGUCGCCUCCAAGCCAGCCGCUCAGCCGUCGCCGCUCGCUGCACCGUACCCUGUCAGACGAGAGCAUCUACCGUGGUCAGCGGCUCCCCCCCCUGAGUGACUCAGUCACUGAGCCCACGCUUAGCACUGAUGUCCUCUUCAGCUGCUCCACCCUUCCUCGCUCUCCCACCACUCGCGGUGUGCCCCUGAGACGGCCUUCCUAUAAGCUGGGAGUUAAACUUCACGGGGAUCUUUCGGCGUCUGACACAUCAUUGGUGGAUUUGGUGGAGCGUCAUCGGGGACCCCUCCCUCAGGAGCUGAUGCCCCUCCCAUCUUCAGGUAGAGACAGUCCUCUUGAGUGGACUCACCUGGUGGAUGUGGCCAGUACCUUCGAGAAUGAGAGAAACACACAUUACAUCCAGAGAAGUUAUGUGUUUGGGGAUUCAAACCACCGAACCAGUGGAGCAUCCAGUCCUCAGCAGCCACACAUAGAGCUGCAGCCUGCUCCAUUGUCAAGACCCUCAUCAAGUGAGGGUCACAUAGGACUGGAGAGGAAGGUGACGAAACUAGAGGCCUUGGUGAAGAUGCUUCAGGAGGACCUGAAGAAGGAGCGGGAAGAAAAAUUGCGGCUUCAAUCUCAGAUCAAAAGGCUCUGGGAGGACAACCAGAGACUUCAGGAGGAGUCCCAGACAUCUGCUGCCAAGCUCAAGAAGUUCACAGAGUGGGUCUUCAACACUAUUGACAUGAACUGACCUGCUCAUCUAAUCCCUUACAAGCACACACAGCUCAUCUGCACACCCAGUCUUUGUGAAGAGGCAGAGGGGAUCAACUACACCCUUUCUAAAAUCAUUGCAUUAACAUCAUUGGACCUCUGGUUAAUUAGGAGGAGGAAAUUGGUGGAACUCGUUUCUACUUGUUUGCCUUCUCAAUUUUCAUUCAGUGGCCAAACAGAUCUUCUCAUUCUCAUGAUGUUUGAUGUUGACUUUUGCACUUAUUCAAGUGGUCAAAAUGAAGAAUCUCUCCUUUGAGACACGAUCCACUGUUUAGACCAACAUUUGGCCUUUUACGCAUUGAUUGGUUCAUUUUCCUCCUCCCACUUCUUUUAAAACAUUUUUCAGCUGCUCUGAAAAAGCAAACAUGGUUUGCACCAGAUCAAAGAGGCCUCAGCAUGGGGUCACUCAGACAUCCUGUCUUAAAAGAAGAGGACUGAAACGCCACACAGACAUAUACGUAACUGCUGCAGCAGCUAACAAAUACACACAUUAUAAAUCUGAAGCCAAACAUUUUGCAAGAAAGAGGUUUUCAUUGCAUGUUAAAUGAGUAAAUCUAUUUUUUGCAUCUAAAAUAACUGGACAUCCAGCUUCAGACAUGUUUAUUCUCCAUUUUACUCCUCCUUCAUUCAGAUUUUUUUGUACUCACCAACACCUGAAAUAGGAGUGUAUUAAAAGCCAUCGGCAAGCAGUGCCAUAAACCAAGACUGAUCCAGUGUUAGUUGGUCCAUCUCAGUUCUACGUGUCUUAAAAGCAAUAGGAAGAAGUUCGGACUCCUGGCUUUAUCUGAGAAGAAGCUUGAGGUGAGAAACAAAACAUAACAUGAAAAAGGUAUAUUUGCAAGAAUUCAAAUCUCAACUGCACAAGAUCCUUCAUCAUUUUCCUGAGAGAAACGUGAAAAUAAGGACUCAUCGUCCCACUGCCUGAAAAUAGAGAGCCAGCUGAUUAUAAAUAACAGACAAUUAUGGGCUGAAAUGUUUGGAGUCGUCUGAAUCCCAGGUUAUCUUACUUCCUUGUAUUAUAAUUCCAAUAAAUGAGUUGUUCUAUUCGUACAGUACAACCAAUAUCAGUGUUUAGUUCUUCAAGACUAUUGAUCAAUAGUUAUAUUAUUUAAAUGGCUUUCUUUCCUAAUUCUACCUAAAGACCGACUAUAUGCUUUUUAUUCUCUAUUAUGUUGUAUUUUGUGGUGCCCAAGCCUGCUGUUGUGUUGCUUACAGUGCCCUCUAGUGGUGACCAGUGAAAAAUGUCAUGAUUUGUAAAUGUGCUGCCUAUCACCUGUAUUUUUUUAUUUAAUUUUUUACCCUCAUGCUUCUUGAUUCGAGGCCACAAAAACUCUUAGAACAGGAAUAAGAAUGAGAAGAACUAGCAGCCAGCAUUUAGAGACAAUCAGAAGAAAAGGAGCAGACAGUGUGGAUGUUUGUGUGCAUGGAUGAUUGUGCAUUACAUUUACAGUUUUCCUCAGGUUUAAGGGGACAAAAUAUUGUCAGAAAGUAAAUUUGCACAUGUUAAAGAAUAUAUCUUUUCAGGAUGUGAAAUGUGUUGCCAUAGUGAGAAUGUCCAUAAGUCUACCCAGCCGUGCCUACAACACAAUCACUUCUUUUAGGUCAUUUACUCCCAGGCAGAGCAGGGACGUGCCUUUGAAACAGCACCUGGGGAGCAGAUAAAAGGGAAAACCUCUUGAUGUUCAUCUAGAUACAGUAACACACUUUUGUUUUUGUUCAGCCACCUCCACACUUAUCGUAGUUUGCUGUUGUGAGGCGGUAAAUAUGUCUGGUGACUAAAAGCAAUCAGGCAGGUCAGUAAUGUGAGACGGGAAGUGUGUUUGGAUAUGUGUGCCUUUGCAUUCUUUUUAUUUGUAUGAAAAUUGAGCAAAAUGAUGUUGGAAAGCAAACAUUAGAAGACUGUGUUCCCCCAAGCCAUGAAGCCAGUUAGUAAAGAGAGUCACAGUGAGACUCAAGUCUGCCCACCCCUGUUAAAAUGGCAGAUUGUUGUGACAUAAUAAAAUGAGACGGUGAUAAUUUCAGAACUUAUUCCUCCCAUAUAAUCCAACUGAAAAAGAAACAAAUCUGUGAAUAGAAGGGCUGCCAUACCAUGGUUGCAUUAGUGUGCAUACCCUUAUAUUUAUGAGUUGUUGAAAUACAUUUUGACUGAAUAUCAGCAAUCUGUCUUUUUUUAGCAGGAUCAGCUGCAUCCUGACUUGGCAAUAUUUGCCCAUUCUACAGAAUUUCUCCAUAUCUGUCGAAUAAUGAGAACAUCCUUUGGCCAUGUUAUUUUGUUCUGUUUAAAGUCUUUUUUUUUCCCCCUAUGAUUCAGAAAAAUGUAAUCCCUCUUCAGCUUUUUAACAAACACCUGAAUGUUUUGUGUCAAAAUUGACAAGUAUAACUAUUUUGAAUACCACCACCAAAGCGUUUUCUUGUUCUUUUUUUUUUUUUUUUUCAUCCGAAAAGUGAUCCCACAUCAUGAUGCUUCCACCUAUGUGUUUCACUCUGGGUAUGGUGUUUUAGGUUAUGCUAGGUGUUGUUUGUGUAUUUAUGUUAAGGAACUGUGGCCCAAAAGUUGCAGUUUGGUUUUUAUCAGACUAGAACGCAUCCUCCAACAAGGCUUAAAGAGAUUGUCACCAAUGCUGGAUGUUUCCUGUAGAAGAAAAGGCUUCUAUCUUGUAACACUACUCUUUAGUCCAGACAUAUGUGGAUUGCAGAAGGUUCUUGUCACAUGUAGUACACGACCAGUACUCGUUGGAAAUUUGUACUGCGUCUUUGGUGUUGCAGUCAGCCUCGCUGACCAGUUUCAAUCUUGUUUUUUCAUCAGUCGUGCCCAUUUUCUGACCGAUAACUUUGAACAGUUGGAUCCAUUUGAUCCUUUCUAACCUUUAGCAAACUAUCCUGUGAGAACAGGAAUUUUAUUUAUAAUUAAUCAUAUUCACUGUAAUUUAUGGCAAGGGUGAACUUAAGAACAUGACUUUGUUAGACCAAGGGUGCUAGCACUAUUACCUGCUAUUACCAAGGGUGGUAAUAGCAGCUUUUAAAGAAAAUAUUUUUCCACCUCACUAAUUUAUUUUCCAGCUGAAUAAUACAGCAUCUAUGUCAUGUUAAAGGUGGAGUUAUGAAACGGAGCACAAAAAGCUGACAUUUUAACAGGGGUGUGUACACUUUUGAGCAUGCUCUGAAAAUGCUUCAACAAUUCACUCUCUCAGUAGAGAUGUUAAUUAUCAUCCCCGGUUCUUACAAACCCUAAGUGUAUUACCAUGUAUAAUUAGUGAGGUGAACACCCUGCAGUGUUUACCACAGUUUUACAGAAACUUGAAUGUAGAGUAAAACAAGCUUAAAGAAUUGUGAUGUUUUAUUAUAACCAAUUUAUCCAUUCAGCUCUGUUGCUUUGUCUCUGCAAAAGGGGAUCCCGGCAUCAGUCUCGGUUCUGUUUUAAGAAUCUCUUCUUCGUCUUCAGCAACAAGUUAUACCAGUAGAUAAUUGCCAUUUCAUGUCAUUUUAAUAAUUUUACAAGGUAUGCAUAAGUAGAAAUCAGCCCAGAAGAUGUUCUUGAUUCACUAAGAGUUAACCUGUGUUCUGUUUAAUUUAAACAUAAAUGCUUGAAUAACUGAAGUCAUCAUUAAGUUUCUGUACAUGGGAAGAACUCUGGUUUCUGCUUUUCCAACAAGGAAUGACAAAAUGUGCCGUGCAAAUAUUGGUGUAUCUAAGACAAGAUCUCAUUCUGUAAACCAGUAAAGUUAAUUUUUUUUUAUUUGUGAAUGUUGUAUUAUUUUUACAAUUUACUCAUAAAUUUGGUUUGAUUUGUUUUGCUCGACAGACGGAUAUCGGAAAUGUGAAUGUAAAGGUGUUUAAAAGGUCCGUUUCGGAAGAUCUGUUAUGGAGAUCCUGUGCAGUGUUCACAAGUUUCGGAUAUAAGAAGGUUUAGUUUCCUUUACAGUGCAAUUUUGUCUAGAUGUUGCUGUGCAGCUCCUGUCCAACAAAGAAAGAUGCUCAAUUUUAGUCCUUUAAUAAAACAGGAACCCUACUUUUCCUCAAUGCACCACUGAGGUGGGAAAUGGAACAGACGGGAUGUUGCACGUCUCGUCAGGAUGCUUGUCACGCACAGCUUGCGAGGUCAGUGACUGCAGCAGGAGAGGGCGGAUUCGCAAAGCUCAGAGAUGCAGGCUGCGCUGCUGUGUCGUGAGGUGUUCUGUUAGCUCCUCUUCCUGAAACAAACCUGGCUGGACGCUGAUCAGCUGCCACUGAAAAUAAAGCACACAGCAUUAAUGGAGGACCAGACGUUUUACACGAUUUGAAAAAUACUGUUUACAUAGAUGCAUUGUCUUUGUAAGAUGUAAACGUAUGACCAAGACAUUUGCAGUGAUCACAAUAUUAAAGUUUCUGAAAUAAAUAAAUGCUCUAUCA